CUGAUCACCCACCGAUACCUCGACCGGCCACCUCUCUCUCUUCCUCGCCUCUGCCUCUGCCUCUGCCUCGCUCCAAAUCCCACGCCGCUCUCUCUCUCUCUCUUCUCUCUCCUCUCUCUCUAUCUCAUUUGAGAAGGGAAAGGAACCCUAAAGCUAAAGUCUUUUGAGUCCUUCUUCUCCCCCUCAGGGAUCCGUAUUUUGCUCGAAUCUCUUUUGGAGAUGUGGUGGGAGUUGGUGCACGCAGACGCGGAAGCGGAGGAGACCGCCGACCAGGGCGCGUCGGAGGCUGGCGGGAUCUGCGGCCCGGGCGUCCGGUGGGGCCACACCUGCAACGCCGUCAAGGGAGGGAGGUACCUCUACGUCUUCGGCGGUUACGGCCGCGACAACUGCCAGACCAACGAUGUUCACGUCUUUGACACCGUUCAGCAGUCAUGGAGCAAACCCAUGUUGAAGGGUGUUCCACCCUCACCAAGGGAUAGCCACAGUUGUACCACUGUUGGUGAUAAGUUGUUUGUCUUUGGGGGAACGGAUGGAAAGAACCCUCUCAAGGACAUGCAUAUUCUGGACACCUCAUCAAACACGUGGAUUGUGCCAAACUUAAAUGGUGAGGGACCAGAUGCACGUGAAGGACAUACUGCUGUGCUUGUUGACAAGAGGCUUUUCAUUUUUGGUGGCUGUGGCAAAUCUGUGACUCAUGAAGAGAAGUAUUUUAAUGAUCUUUACAUAUUGGAUACAGAGACACUAACUUGGGAACGUGCUGUAACUUCUGGGACUCCGCCUUCUGCCCGUGAUUGUCAUAGCUGCUCAUCGUGGAAGAACAAAAUCAUAGUCCUUGGUGGUGAAGAUUCUUCAGAUUUCUAUUUAGCUGAUGUUCACAUACUAAAUGCAGACACACUUGCAUGGGAGCCUAUGAAAACUGCAGGAAAGAUAUUUCCACCACGUGCUGGGCAUACAACUGUGGCGCUUGGAAGUAACUUAUUUGUGUUUGGGGGUUUUACAGAUGCUAGAAACCUUUAUGAUGACCUUUAUGUCCUAAAUGUUGAAAGUCGUUCUUGGAGCAAAGUCAUACCAGAAAACCGGGGCCCCUCUGCUCGAUUUUCAGUAGCCGGUGACUGCUUGGAUGAAAGAAAAGGAAUUAUAGUCUUCCUGGGUGGAUGUAAUAAAUCACUUGAGGCACUUGAUGACAUGUAUUACUUGCAUACAGAUAUGCCAGUUCUGAAUGGACUAUGUGAUCAGAGACCCGCAAAGCUCUCAAUAAGGAGAGAGUUGAGGAAAAAGUGCCGACAAGAUUAUCUUCCCAGUCAAAGAAUAUUAAAGAAUAAUUAUUUUUUGAAGAAGCAGAUGAUUUCUGAUUCCUUACACGCUGACCAUCUGCGAGAAACUGAUCAGGCAGGCACAAUGGUAUCUGAUCUGAAGCCAGCUGGAGAAAUUACAUUUGAGGCCAGAGUUACGAAUUCAAACAAAUAUGGAUAUGCAAUUGAAACAAUCAUUGAUGGAAAAUUGCUCCAUGGCAUGUUGUUCUCUUGCACAUCAAACCUUAGCCAAGAUAAUCACGCUUACCAUAAAAAGAGAGUAGCUGUUGACAACAUGAGUGAUAAAGGGAACAUGGACCGACAUAUUUGUGUAGCCAAUGCACCAGUUGAGGUAAGGAAAAGCUCAGACCAUGGGCAGCCUAAUAGUUCCAGUGCAAAAGAAUCAACAGUAUGUAGGCCAUUGGUCGAAGCUCCAAGUUCAAAUUUGAUGAAUUCAACUCUUGUAAAGGCCUCAUGGAAUGUAGAUCAGUCAUCUAGAAUGUUUAUGGACACGGUGAAUAAUGAUGCCUCUGACGGUGCAAAGCCUCCAAAUGAUCGGACCUUCUCUGGGAAUUUGUCAAUUUCAGCUGAAGCACAAUCCUCAUUAUUGAUUCAAGGCUAUAAAGAGCAGGGCACGACCGCAAGUAAUGGACAAACAACGUAGUAGUGGAAUUUGAAUUACUUGGGCCUUUUAACAGCUUUUGGAGGAGUGAGCAGGUGCAACAUACUUACAGGGGAAUGGCAAUUCCCCUUUGUGUGAAGCUUAAACAUCACAGGCAUGGUCACCUGACUUCAAGUUGUAUGGCUAAAUUUGUAUCUUUUUUGGUACAAAUGUAGAAGAUUUUUAUAUAUUUACUUUGAGAAUGCACUACUAGUCAACCAGGAGCAGCUCUUCCCAGGUCGAACCCUUCACUGUCAUCACUUGCCUUGAGAUGAUCUCUUUAAGAGUCAAGAAGGGAUGUUCAUGAUCACAUUUUUUUUCUACUUGGGACGCUAUAUCAGACAUCUACAUUUCUUUCGAUGCACUCUGGUGGUGUUUAGUCCGACGAAUGAGCUAGCAACAGCUUAUCUUAUAUCUAGGGCUUCC